GUCAUGCGGUCCCGGCAUCGCCGACCGGAGAGAGAAUGAGAAUUGCGGUCGCCAUCGCCAUCGGGAUUGGGAUUGGGAGGCGGGUGAUCGGUGGAUGUUCUUCGAUGCGGGAGGUCGGGGUGGGUCGUAGAGAGCGAAGAUGCGUCGAGGAGGUGGCGGGGAUGGGAAGAAGCGGGGAAUGGAUGCAGUCGAGGGAGCGGGCGAUGGCGAUGAUCGCCGCAGGUUGUCGGAUCUGAUCGAUGUCGCCACCAACUCUCCUCUUCUUCAGCUCGACGAUCGGUCUUUGACCUCCAUCAAAGCCGUCGUCCGUCGCUCGGAUGCCAACGUCCGUGUGGCUUUCGAUCUCUUGUACGACAAGCUGAAGAAGAACCAUUCGCAGGUGCGGUACUUGGGGUUGCUUCUGAUGGACGAGUUGUUCACUCGGUCGAAAGUCUUUCGAUCUCUGCUGGUGCCGGUGUUCGAGAAUUUCUUACUUCUGAGUGUGGGGUUUCGGUCCGAUUGCCCUCUCCCUCCACCGCAGGACAGGGCGACUCUGCUGCGCAAGAAGAGCAUCGAAGUCGUGGAAAAGUGGAAUGAUAUGUUCGGGCAGCAUUACAAACCUAUUCGCUUGGCGUAUGACUACUUGAGAAAAACUCUUCGAUUCGAGUUUCCCAAUGCGCGGGAGGUUGCGACCUUUGCGCAGCAACAGCGCAAGGAGAGGGAGCAGCGGACGCAGGAGCUGCUGAAGAAGAAGCUGACGACCUUAAAAACUGAGUAUCCGGAAUUACGUGCUGAAAUUCACUCCACUUUGGACCAAGUGACCGAGUGCCUUGCCAUUCUCGCUGAUGACGAAGCCGAGGACGAGCAAGCGGAUCUGCAUCUCGACAAUGACGAGGACGAGUUCGAAGAGUAUGGUUCUCGUAGCCUUCGAGAUGCAAGGGACGAUGCCGAAGCGCAGGAGGCGGUACCUCACGAAACAGGAGAGAAUUCUGCCCUCUUUGAUACUCUCCGGGAUCUGUACAGGCUCUUGACCACUCGGCACCUUGUGAAUACGCAAGAAUGGUUAUCGACAUUGAUCCGAGUAGAUCCCGAAGACGAGAGACAACCCCGGGACACUCUUUUGCGAGAUAUCAUCGAUUUGCGUAACAAGUUGCUGAAAGCUCGAGAGGUUUGUGAGGCAGCCGGCAUGGAGAGAACCGAGAGCGGUGGCAAGUCGGGGGCUGCCGAAGAUAUGGAUGACAUUAUCUGGGAAGAGGGAGAUGUUCUGAUUAGUAAUUCUGCUGUUAGUGAUGCCAUUGCUGCAGCUGCUCGACCUGAUACGGGUGGAAACGUGCAAGCCAGUCCUGAGAAAGGUAGCAUGCAGGUGCCGGAGGAGAAAGUGGCCGAAAGUAAAGAGGUUGAGGACACGAGCUUGAAGGGUCAACUUUUGAAGCAAGCUCCAGUAUUGAAGUGGGGCGCAUUUCUGGAACGCUGGGGCAGUGACAGUGCUGUGCCUGUGAACAAUCGAGGGCUCGAGUUUGAAAGUCACUGGGGUAAGGUGGACUAUGAUGUGAUGAUUCCUGCUGAAAAAUUAGCUGAAAGUAACCUUCGGUCUGUUUACUACUCAGCCGAGGUUUCUGAAAUACAUCCAUGUCUAGCGCCUCUGAGAAAAGGUGGCUUAUGUCAGAGACGGGAUCUGAAGAGGUGUCCAUUUCAUGGGCCUAUAAUACCUCGUGAUUCAUCUGGGAAUCCGCUCCAUGAGAAGGAGCAGAGUUCUGAGGGCAAAUCCAGUGCCAAGAAGGACGAGAACACAGAUGAUGUUGUUGUUGCCACCGAGAACGGACUCCUUUCUGUGUCAGUAGAUGCCAAGGAUGGAAUUGCUCAAGAAGACCUUGCUAAACAAGCAAUAGCAAAUGUUAGACAGAAAGAUGGAGAAUCCAGAAAGAAGAUCUUCGAGGAGAAGGCAAGCCUGAGGAGGGAGCGAGCGAAAAGAGCCAGACAACACAAUGACUCGUGUUUACGAGCUGCCGCCAUCGCCACAACAAGCCAAGGUUUCUCAGAAGCUUUUGGCCAAGAUGCAAUGCCAGACUCCCAACGGAAGAAGCCGAGAGGAGGGUUGACAGCAAUGUUGAGGAAAAAACCCACAGUGAAAGAUAGACUGUCUCGGAGGCUUCUCAAUGGCCGGGUGAGGGAUGCCACAGUGAGUCAGCUUGCAAUAGAUCAGGAAGCAGCCUAUCGCGAAUCCUUCCCCAACCAGUGGUAACGAAGGAAGCACCACAAGUACUGAUGUCGAGUCCGGGUCCUGCAUCAACGCAUCGUUGAAGACAAUUUUCCAGGAAUCUGGACGACCUCCCCGCGAGAUGUGACAGGCAAUUAGUCUGUCUACUCAGGACACGCCGUUGCUCUUGCUCAGGAACGACAAGAAAUUCUCGACUUCGGGUCAAUCUCUCAGAGAAAGGUCACCGCCAUCGGUUGGAGGAAUGAAAUCCGAACAUUUGUUAUUUGGGGCACGAAAUUCUAAAUCGGUUUUGCUGGAGGGAGCGAAUUUAGGUUGCUUUGUAAACAGAAAAUACACAACCUUCUGUCGCUCGUCCGUCAUGAACAGAAGAUCGGAGUGGUUACAAUAUCACAACAUCGUUAGAAAAUGUGGGGCCUCGGAGGUGCUUAGAAGGAAGUCAGGCUUCUUACGCUCUUGAAGGAAUGUGGCACCAUACCCUCGUUGGUGUGUUGUUCUACGACCUACUGACACACGUUCUUAACUUCGGUUGUAAGGGAAGUCUGUUUAGAACCAUCGCCGUGUGAUGGAUAGACACAGGACGAAUCGGUCAAUUUGUACAGUGUCUGCAGCCUAUGAGCUCGAGACAGUUUAGUGUAUCAAUUCACUGGAUAGACUGUUCAGAAGCAUUUGCCCAGCUGCAAAUGCGCAAGCUCUGUGUAGAGGUUGUUCGUGAAGUAGGAGUGCCCAUCUCGGCAGUUUGGUAGAUGAUCUAUCGACGAGGUUUUCUGCUCUCACACGUGAAGGGAUUGCAAGUAUGCAGUUAUUAUUAUAUAUUAUUGAUGAUCGUUCAGGACAGAUCAACUCUUUAUCGAAAACUUGUAAGGCAAGUAUGUAGUGUAUAUAAAUCACCAUACCCAUCGGCUUGUUUUCCUAAGCAUUUGAGAAGCAAUAAAGCUUGCAAACCAAGCUGU